AAGCUGCCCCGCGCGCGCGCGCGCCGGCAGUUCGGCCACGUCCCUGGCCACGUCGCGCCUGCUCUCGCCAUCUUCGCCGCUUCGUUUCAGGGGCUGCAGCCGCCGCCGAGCCCCGGGGCCGCUGCGCUGCGCCGACUGCCGCCGCCAUGAACAUCUUCCGGCUGACCGGGGACUUGUCCCACUUGGCGGCUAUCGUCAUUCUGCUGCUGAAGAUCUGGAAGUCGCGCUCCUGCGCCGGUAUUUCUGGGAAAAGCCAGCUUCUGUUUGCACUGGUCUUCACAACUCGUUACCUGGAUCUUUUUACUUCAUUUAUUUCAUUAUAUAAUACAUCUAUGAAGCUUAUCUACAUUGCCUGCUCCUAUGCCACAGUAUACCUGAUCUACAUGAAAUUUAAAGCAACCUACGAUGGAAAUCAUGAUACCUUCCGAGUGGAGUUUCUGGUAGUCCCUGUGGGAGGCCUCUCAUUCCUAGUCAAUCAUGAUUUCUCUCCACUGGAGAUUUUAUGGACUUUCUCCAUCUACCUUGAAUCAGUGGCUAUCCUCCCACAGCUCUUUAUGAUUAGCAAGACUGGGGAGGCUGAGACCAUCACCACCCACUACCUGUUCUUCCUGGGCCUCUAUCGAGCUUUGUAUCUUGUCAACUGGAUCUGGCGCUUCUACUUUGAGGGCUUCUUUGACCUCAUUGCUGUUGUGGCCGGCGUAGUCCAGACCAUUUUAUACUGUGACUUCUUUUACUUGUACAUUACAAAAGUACUCAAGGGAAAGAAGCUCAGUUUGCCAGCGUAAGUGCCAAAGACCAUCACCAGCAUCUGUCCUUCAGGGUGCUCGGACAGAAUUCUUACGACACAGCAAAGGCAUAAGAUGCUUGAUACGGAAAAUCAGAAACUUAACUCUUUUGUUGCAUAUAAUCACCAGUGGCUCUGUGACAACACAGAGGAAAAGAACCAGAAGGUUUCUGUUUAAUGCAUCUUGCCUUAUCUUUUUUUAUUACUAUGUACAAAGAUUUUUUUACACAAAGAAACUUACUGCUGUAUUAAUAAAUUCAGUGUGUAGCUUCAAUUGGGAUAGUUCUAAAGUGAAGACUUUGUGAGGAAUAAGUGCAAACUUUUUUUUAUUUUAAAAAUCCUUUGACAUUGUUGAGUCUUUGUGUCUGCAAUGAAAUUGUACGCCUUGACAGUUGGUAGAUUAUAUAGUCUUCCAUCUAUCAAAUUUGCAUUCCACUAUAUUUAUUUUUUGCCAAAAGACGAGUCAUAUUUGUUUGAAAUCUGAGACACUAUUUCAGUUUGGUACAUGUGUUCAAAUUUACUCUUACUUGACCAUGGAAAUCCUUCCUUGGAUAUUAAACACUACAUUUAAGGUUGGUAAGGAUAACUUGCAAGCCUUAUGGUUCUUAUUACCAAAAUUAUAAGAUUCUGAAUGUAGAUGGGAGUCUCACUGAAGAGUCACCAAAGGUGCCUGCCCUCCUCCCCUGCUGAGACAUGUCAGUCCUGAGGGUGUUGAAAAAUUCAGUAAGCAGGGGUGCUGGCCAUUUGCCAUCUGAACGUGGGGUAGGAGGGACAUUAGUGACUAUUUUGGAUAUAUGACUACUUCUCUGAGGACUAGAACACGAAUAGUUACCUAUUACUUUAAUUUACAGUUCCAAAAGAUUACCACGACCAUGUCCAUGCUCAGAUUCAAAAGAUUUUUCUUAUCACUUUUGGAUGGCAAAAUGAUUGGUAAUAUUUUUAAUUGGCAGCACCAGUUACCAUUCCUUAUAUUCUUUGUGUGUGUGUGUGUGUGUUGUUUUUUUUUUUUUUUUAAUUAGCUAUUGCAUGACUUAUCUUGUGUUACCAUCCUAAACAAACAUAUUUUGUCUUUUUGUGACUUAGACUUUUGGAACAUCGUAUGUUGGGAUGAUUUUGUCUGUUUUUCAUUUGGCAACAAAAGCUCUACAAGGCUACAAACAUAUAAAAUCCACUUGAUAAUCUGUAAACCUUUCUGUAUUUUGUGGAAAUAUUAGAAUUUUUUCCUCCCAGUUUUGCCAUUACAUCGAUUUGCUACCUUUUUUGAUUUAUGAGAAGUAUGAUUUUGUUUUUAUGUGAUGCACCAUAAAUAUUAAAGUGUUGAAUACUAACAGUGCUUACUACAAGCAGAAUGUAGUAGUUUUGCUUUUUGCAUUAAAAUGUCUUGUAGAGGAAGGGAGCAGGAUGGGUUUUAUUUUUUUCCAGUAUGUAUCUUAACACUUUGUAAAUUGGCAGUGUAACUGCAUAGUUUAACCUCCCAUCUUACCUCCCUCAUUUUACUUUUUCCCUUUUGCCUUAUGUUUUUGUUCUAAGAGUAUCUUUCUUUCCAGCAUCCUAGUCUUGUUUUAGUUUCUAUGAUCUGUUUUUAUCCUCCUUGGAGGAUUUCUGAUAGUGUGGAGGAGGGGUGGGUAAAAUAAGUCACAGUAAAUUGAGCAGAGUGCUUGCUGCCUGGACUGGGGCAGAGUGGGGACUCAACACUUGUCUUUGUACACAUAAAUGAAACACAGGCAGGGACUGUUCAUUGGAGAGCACCAUGCACAGAACAAGAUAUGGAACUCAGCAUAUUGAUGGCAUUUGCAGCCAGCCAUUCUACUCAAGUGAAAGUAAAAUGGGCUGAGUUGUAACUACUAUUCUAUGGUUAACCAGGAUGACAUCUUCAUAAUAAUGGUGCCAGAGUUGUAGUGAGGGACUAGGUCACAACCUAGCAAGUUGGAAACAGGCCUUGUGUGACAUGCCUUAUGAAGCACUGUUUCAUAGUUACUCUCAUUUCCUGAAUAAAGGUUACCAGGUAAUA